AUGUCCUCGGUACUGAUCGUUGGUGGUGUUAGCCUGGUUGCAGUCGGCGUCGCUGGCCGCUUGCUGCUCCGCAAUCGAGCAGCGUUCAUGAAGAUGGCCAAGACACUGCCGAUCGCAAGUGGCAUGUCGAAGUACUAUCGUGGUGGUUUCGAGCCGAACAUGACACGGCGCGAAGCGGCCCUCAUCCUCGGCGUAUCGCCCAGUGCACCGGCAUCGAAGGUGAAAGAGGCGCACAAGCGUAUCAUGAUCGCAAAUCAUCCGGAUCGUGGCGGAUCGCCCUAUCUGGCAGCCAAAAUCAAUGAAGCAAACGAUAAGCUCGAGUCGACAAGGCAUGAUUAA